CACCGUUGCUUUUGCCCGGGCACUUUUGAUAUCUUUCUUUAAUAGUCCCCCGAGUCGUCUCCCUCCGCCGACCUCCCACAAUGGUCCUGUAAGCUUCCGGCCUACAAGUGGAAGAGCAGAGUAUACAUAACUAUGUCUGCAUCUCCCCUGUUUCGAGGCGCCUCGCGCGUCCUGCGGUCCGUCCCAGCACGGUCGUGGAGCCAGAGGGGAAGCCUCGUCUCGGCGACGAGAUGUGUUUCCUCGCUGAGCGUCGAGAGCCAGCAGAAACUGCUGGCCACGCAUCUCAAGGAGGCCGAUCCGGCCAUGUACGAGAUUAUAGAAAAUGAGAAGAAAAGACAGAAACAUUUCAUCAACCUCAUUCCCUCCGAAAACUUCACAUCGCAGGCGGUACUGGAUGCGUUAGGCAGCCCUAUGCAGAACAAGUACUCGGAAGGAUACCCUGGAGCAAGAUACUAUGGCGGCAACGAGUUCAUCGACGCGUCAGAGAGGCUCUGCCAGCAGAGAGCGCUGGAGACGUUCGGCCUGGACGACAAGCAGUGGGGUGUCAAUGUGCAAUCCCUAUCCGGCGCACCGGCCAAUCUCUACGUCUACUCUGCUUUCAUGAACACACACGACCGUCUGAUGGGCCUCGACCUUCCCCACGGCGGCCAUCUCUCCCAUGGGUAUCAGACACCGACCAAGAAGAUCUCCAUGAUCUCAAAAUACUUCGAGACCCUUCCCUACCGCCUCGAUGAGUCCACAGGCUAUAUCAACUACGAUCAGAUGGAAGAGCUGGCUUUGCUGUACCGGCCCAAGAUCAUCGUCGCAGGGACGAGCGCCUACAGCCGGUUCAUCGACUAUGCUCGGAUAAGAGAGAUUUGCGACAAGACGAAUGCCUACCUCGUGGCUGAUAUGGCGCAUAUCUCGGGCCUGGUCGCCGCAAAGGUCAUCCCCAGCCCCUUUUCCUUCGCCGACAUCGUCACAACCACCACGCACAAGUCGCUCCGCGGUCCCCGUGGCGCCAUGAUCUUCUUCCGCAAGGGCGUCCGGCGCCAGAACCCCAAGACCAAGGAGGACGAGCUCUACGACCUUGAGGGGCCCAUCAACUCCUCAGUCUUUCCGGGGCACCAGGGCGGUCCGCAUAACCACACCAUCGCCGCGCUAUCCGUCGCUCUGAAGCAGGCGCAGACACCUGACUUCCGCGCUUAUGCCGAACAAGUUCUAGCCAACUCUAGGUCUCUCGCGCGGAGACUGGGCGACUCCAAAGACAAGGGCGGUCUGGGGUACAAGCUCGUGUCGGGUGGCACGGACAACCACCUGGUACUGGUAGACCUGAAGCCGCAGGAAAUCGACGGAGCGCGGGUCGAGCGCGUGAUGGAGCUCGUUGGCGUCGCAGCGAACAAGAACACCGUACCGGGCGACAAGUCUGCUCUGAUGCCUGGUGGCCUGCGGAUGGGCACGCCCGCGAUGACGACGCGUGGUUUCAGCGAAAAUGACUUUGCGAGGGUAGCGGACAUUGUGGAUCGUGCCGUAGCCAUUGCGUCAAGGGUCAGCAAGGCGGCCAAGAAGAAUGCUGAGGAAAAGGGCGUCAAGGGCCCCGGCAGGCUCAAGGUUUUCCAGGAGUACCUAGGCGAGGGCGAGAAUGAGCCCGAGAUCUUACAGCUGAGGAGCGAGGUUGCGGACUGGGUUGGCACGUACCCACUACCCUGGGACUCGAGGUCGUGAGAAGCGAUCGAGGGGUCAGUGGUGAAGUAAGACAUAAACAAGAUAGCCUGAAGGCGCGGGUACGCGGUAGGAAAUGGAUGGAGACGAGUUCAACCUGUUUGUGUAAAGCAAGUGUACUGCCGAGAGGAGAUCGGGAACUACAUGUGGUGUUCCCAGUGUUCUUGAUUCAACACGAUCAUAUUGUAUACACUCUGGCGGGCUUUCUGUGCGUGAUUAGCAGGCAGCCGAGCAUCUAUAACUCAACUCUCUUGCCCACUG